GCCUCUGGGAUUAUGCUAAACACAGCGCCUCGGCUGCUCUGCACAUCGACCGGCGUCAACGACGCCCUUUGGAGCACACAGGAAAGAGAUGGAGGACUCUCAAUGAAGAUGUCACUGCAAUUACACAAGCGCAUUUCACAGACACCCUCUCUGUCUGCUCUUCCUUCUCUCACAUCCCCCUUCCCCACUUUUUAAAAAUUUCUUUUCGACAGUCUUUUGAAGUGCAGCCUCAUCUCUUGCAGCUCUUUCAUAAUGCAUGCCCAUUUGGAAUUUGCAUGAAUUCACUUUCCAGAUGCUUCUGCUGCCAUCUUGACUUACGAUGAUGUGUGCUGUACAGUAUUGGCUAUUGUAUUAUCAUAGGAUGAAAAGAAUAAUAAUUGGCUUGUUGUUAUGAGUUUGGGUUAUUUUGCAUUGCUCCUCUCACCACUAGGACGUAUUGGCGUGCGAUCAAAAUGUGUUGUAAAUUAUUCAGCUUCAGCUACCCCUACACUGAUGUCGGAGUGAAGGAAGAGCUUUCUGAUGUGGAUGAUACUGCAUCAGGAACUGAUUGGCUAAUGCUCAAUUGCCAACAGUACCUGAUGCAUUGCCUUCAGCAUUGAAAGAAACGUCACAAAGUGCUGGCUUCUCUAUUUUCCCCUGGAAUAAUAUUCUUCUGGUUUAUGAACUCAAAAUAUGGUUUUAAAUUUGAUUUUUUUUUUCUUACUUUUUUUUGCACUUCUUAAAUGUGGAAAAUAAACAGAUUCUUAGUAGUUUUCACACAGUUCCCAAGAAUGAAUGUGUGUAUGUUUGUGUGUGGGUUCAUGUAUAUUAGUCACCACUGAGGGCUGGGGAUUAGGUAAUAAUGAUCACAGAGAUGUUGUGAAACUCAGAGCAGUACUUAUGUUAAGCUGAGGGCCAAUCUAUCACUCUGGCAUUUAAAUGUAUGUUUAUGUUGAUAUAAUGUUCCCCUCUUGUUCGCUGGAGUCCAAACGGGAUACCUGCAUCAAUGUAGGUCAUACUUGUUUUUAGCAUGUUCUCUUUUAAUGCAUUUGUGCACUGUACUACUUAGAAUAAUACUUUUGUUGUGUGUGUGUGUGUGUGUGUGGGGGGGGCAGGCGGGCUUAUUGACUUCAGUAACAUUCACAGGGAGACUUGGUCACACCUAGAGAUCUAACCAGCUCAGCCUCGCCUCUGUGAUUUACAAGCAUGACUGUCUAAUUUUGUUCCAGUGGGGAACAGGACCAAAGGGAAUGUUCUCUCAUCCUCUCUUUCAUCAGUCUUGGAUAAAAUCUUCUAUUAAUCUCUAUAAACGGUUUCAAAAUGCUUCUUACUAAUGAAAUGUCUUAUCUCACUGUUUUUGUGCAUGUGUUGAAUAGCCUACCAAGUACAAUAAAUUCUAGUGAAGAGUAAAACAUUUUGUACAGUUGUUUCUUUUUUGUGAUUGUCCUUGUUUGUAAAGGUGUGUGCAUGCAUAUCCUAAUGUUUACCCAAAUGCAUUAUUAUCUGUGAACAAAUCAGUAGUUUUGUUAAAAGACCUACUGGAAAUAAUACAGCUCUUAUAUGAACAUCUUAAUGUGAUUACACGACUCCUAUAAUUAGUUUCUUGAGGUUGAGGAGAAUCUACUUUUUUUUUUUCAAAAGAAAGGAAGGAUGAGGAUGUUGUGCCAUGCAGAAUAUAUCUUCUAUUCUUUUAUGAACACCCUCUAAGGAAAGGGUCUGGGGGUCAGCAUUAAAGGGGCUGGUGCCAAGUCCAUUUUAGCCCUGCUUAUAUCAGCAAGCUCCUGGCACACAUGCAUGCAUACAUGCACACAAACACAAUCGCUUGCUGUCUCUUCCCCCAUGGGAAAUCCCAGCAGCCAUGCCAAUCCAGCAGAUGUUCCUAAAGCGCAGGCAUCUUGUAAACACCAUGAAAUGUAUUAGAGGCUAAUGUAGUGCUUGCUGACAGACUUCUUCAACACAAGAUUUGAUUUACCACCUGCUGCUCACACAUUCUGUACAUAACACUGGCACUGAGGUCUCACAGGAUGAGAGGGGUUUGCAUGUGACAGCCAACAAAGUAACUGAGGCUCAAUUGUAGAGUAAAAUAUAGAAAUAAUUCAGGCCUCUACAAAUGUAAUGACUUAUAGCUCCACAUUGGCUCAGAAAAACAAACAAACUAAGAAAUGAAGGUGAUACCGCUAUGUCCUUAUGUGUAUGUUAUUACAUGAACACAAACUUUUGCAUAUAACCUAAAAUGUGAAAGGCAUUUCUUAAUGAAUUUACAAUCAAAAGAGUUUUAAUAGAUUACUGGCUGAUGAUAAUAAUACCGUAUUAUCUGUUUUUCUGAGAAUAUCCACUUCCCUCACUGUACAUCAGUCUAUAGAGGGAGCCACUGAAACUUGCUGAUGGUUUACUGCACCCCGGUGAGAGAAAAGCCCGGAGUCAACCUGCCCGGUACACCGCCCCCCAGUGUGUCAUACUGUACUAACCGCAUGUUCAUCAUUUAAGCGCUGCUUGCACUCCGCCAAGCAUCUGACAUCCACUGCACCGUUUGCACGAUAAAGGCCACCCUGCUUCGCGCACAGUCGGACUUGCAACAACAAAGACGCCGGGGACGUUUAGUUCGGCUUGCCGGGAGAGUUUGGAUAUCCGCAGGUAACUGCAGUACUUCUCCGACGUUUGGUCGACAUGCUGGGGAUCUGUGUGUGUCUUUGUGCGGUUUUUGCACAUGUUCUCUCUCAGGAGGCUGAAGAGCCGGUCUCUAUUACAUGCACAGAGGGUUAUGAGUAUGACAGAGUCAGAGAGCAAUGUAAAGACAUUGAUGAAUGUGCCUUGUAUGACGACGCAUGCAAAGGAGGGAUGCAAUGUAUCAACCACUUUGGUGGAUACCUCUGCCUUCCAAAGAGCGCCGUCAUCUAUAUUAGUAAGGACGGUGAGCAGGUGCCGUUGCCGGACAAUCCUGUCCCUGCUGUCCCACCAGACCAGCCUCAGCCCCCGAGGGGUCCUUCUCAAAGCAUUCGGUGCCCACCAGGACAUGCUGCAGAUGAGCAGAACUUCUGCAAAGACAUAGAUGAAUGUGUGACAGGCAGUCACAGUUGUGGUCCCGAACAGGUGUGCUACAACACCAGAGGCUCCUAUAUGUGCCAGUGUGCUCAAGGUUACCAAAGGAAUGGAGACCUUUGUGUCGACAGAGAUGAGUGUGCCACGACCCACUACUGCAUGCACAGGUGUGUGAACACCCCGGGCUCAUACUACUGUGAGUGCAAGACAGGUUACAAGCUGGUCAGCAACAACCACAGCUGUGUUGAUGUGAAUGAAUGUGAUGCAGAAAGCCCCUGUCAUCACCACUGCUACAACCUGAUUGGCUCCUUCCUUUGCCAGUGUGACCAAGGCUACGAGCUGGCUCAAGACACGGUCUCCUGCCAAGAUAUCGAUGAGUGCGGUUUGUCCAGCUACAUGUGUCAGUACCAGUGUGUUAACAAUCCAGGAAGUUACUCUUGUGAGUGUCCACAAGGAUAUCAGCUCCAGGCAAACCGGUUGUGUCAAGACAUAAAUGAGUGCGAGACGGGAACCCAUAACUGCCAAGAUGAUGAAAUGUGCUGGAACUAUUAUGGAGGCUUCCGCUGCUACCCCAGAAACCCCUGCGAGCCACCUUACACCCAAACAUCUGAAAAUCGCUGCAUCUGCCGGGCUCAGACUGAUUGCCAGGGUCACCCACCAUCAAUUGUCUACAAAUACAUGAGCAUCCAGGCAGAGCGGACUGUGCCAGCGGAAAUAUUCCAAAUUCAAGCCACAAGCAUAUAUGCCAACACACACAACACUUUCAGGAUUAAAUCUGGGAAUGAUGGAGGGGAGUUUUUCCUUCGGCGUUCCACCAAUGUGAGUGCCAUGCUGGUGCUUACCAAGCCAUUGACGGGCCCCAGAGAGUACGUCGUGGACCUGGAGAUGAUCACUCACCAUUUGACCAUGAACUACCGCUCCAGCUCACUGCUGCGGCUCACCAUCAUCGUAGGGCCCUACGCUUUCUGAGCGGCUCAGUUCCCAACAGCGCACACAAGUCUGUAAACAUGGCAAUGUAACACAGCAGAUGCCUGUAUCAGCAUAACAUACUUUACAUUUUCAUAUACAUUCAGUAUAUAAUAUAGGCUGCCUCAGUCUCAAACAGCAGCACAGCAGUUCCAGUUGCUCAAGUCAGACCACCUUCUGCUAUAACAUGACCACUGGGCAUCUUUUUCUAUCAAGGUGUUGAUUAAGAAAGCACCAAUCUUAAAACGUAGUACUUUUUCUUUAGUAUUUUGAAAGAUUAAUCAUUUUGACAUAGUUUUGGAGUGCUUGAAGAAUAAAUGCAGUGUCUUCCCCAUAUCGUGAUUGUCUCACCUUCCUGAAAAAUCAGGAACAGAGCAGUGGCACUAAGGAAACGAGGCCUAUAGGACACACAACCUAAACCUGAUGGGUUUUUGAUGGAGCUGCACCUUCAUAUAUCCCUUUGUUCAAACUAGAAUUGCAUACAAUAACUAGUGUGUGCCUCAUUUGUAAGUAAGAAAGAAAAAUCUAUAGAAAUGUACAUGUACACGUAUCCAGUAUGAGCAGCUUUUGACCUUGUAAAUCACAUCCUCUGUUCUGUUAAUUGUUAGGGGUUAGUACUGCUGCGCCCCGCUAUUUGUGCAAGUUUCUGUAUAGUUUGCCUCAUGAGUAAUAAUUUCCAGAGGAGUCCAGGAACAGUUCAAAAGUGUAAAGGGAGGGAAUUAGCCUGUAAGUUGAGAGAAUACUUUAACUUUAUGUUACAGCAGGCCUACUCGUACAAUUUACUCCCAGGAGUUAAGUCAUGUACAUACCUAGGUAACAAAUCAGUGUGCUGACGUGUGAGAGGGUGUGAGUGUGUGUGUGUAUGUUUGUGUGUGCGAUUGCCUUUGUUUAUGCAUGCAAGCAAAUGUAAGUGUGAAACGCAGAGGGGAUGGAAAGGGAAAGAGUGAGAAAGAGCUUGUUCUCUGCCCCCGGGUUUGGUGGAUGUGGUCGAGCUGUUUAUGCGUUUCUGUGAUACCAUCCUAACAGCUUUCGGUCACAGAGGCAAUAACAGAGGUUUUUGAACUCGAGAACACGUACAGGAAAUGACAGUUUUCAUAAUACAACUUGGCGAAUUGACCACUCGUUGGUGCCACAGUGAUCCUCCAGAGGAACAGCUGGACUUUCUAAUGUCAGUCCCAGUCAAAGAAGCCAGGCUGGCACCAGGCUGGCUUGCGUGAUAAAGAUAAUUACAGUGUUUUGCCCUGUAGCUGGUUCAUGUGCGACACAGGGGGAUUAUUAAAGUGUUAAUACAAUGCCACCAGACUUUUGGCAGAAUGAGAAAUCUUUCACUACCUGCUUUGCCUUUUAUGAUUCCACGUGUCCACUCUGGCUUAUUGCUGAAACACUAUAAACUGUAGAUAUACAGCACUGAAAACCGCAUGGACAAUCACCAUGUUGUCACCACUCUGUAGGUAUAGAAAGUUAUCCAGCUUUUCCUAAAACCCUUUAAUGUGGUUUCAGCAGUGAUCAUACCGUAGUGCCUUAGAGGUAUAAACAUGAAAAUGUAACAGUAAUCUUAUCAUUUAUGCUGUCAAAAGAAAAAACAAGAAAAAUGUUAACUUUCUUCCAUGAGAUGCCUUAAUGUUUUUUUUCUUUUCUAUUUAAAUAUAUAUUUUGUCAUAUGUACCUUAUAUUGAUUGUACUCUGGAGUUUAAAAGUUAUAUUGUUGAAUAAAAUAUGAUGUAUAAAUUGG